AUGUCCAAAAAAGCCAAAUACGUCUCCAACAUAGACACGGGCGUCUUGCAGCAAUUUUCAGGAUACUUAGAUGUUUUGGAUAAGAAAGAAGAGCCCACACCAGAGUCGUUACAGAGUUUUUCCUCGUUCCUAGCAUCUUCUCAAAACUUAAAUGCUCUUGUUCAGGCCUUCUCAUAUUAUUCCACAGUUAAUGACCAUUCUGGUCUAUCACAGAUAUUGCAAAAACUUGUGAGACUAAUAAGACUUGGAAUUAGCUAUCAAGAGCUUCAUAAACCAUGUUCUACUUUGAUACAAGAUAUCCUAUCAACUCACAAUAUCAAGAUCUUUUACAGAUGUCUUAAUAAUCAAAAAGCUGGAAUCACAAAUCCUGCAUUGAGGUUACUUUCAUCGUCGCUGGAGUUCAGAAAAGGAGCAUAUGUGGAUCUGUUCCUCGACAAUUUCGACCUCUCCCUAAAAGUUCUUCCUCAGCUUCUUGUACCAAUAAAAUCAGAAAUGGAAGAUCCGUCAAAAUGUAAGACUAAAAGCUCCAUUCGCAGCAACUUCAUUUUGUUCUGGGUAUCACUGUGCACACAAGCCAAUCCUUUGACUAGAAAGGACUUGUUAUUCAAUAACAGGAAAAUAAUCACAAAUUGGAUUAAGUACAUGGCAACCCAUGAUUCUUACGACACGAUUAGACAAACUCUCACUUUUCUUGACAAGUACAUCAUAGAGGAACGCUCCUACAAAAAGAUGACCAAGUGCAAGAUAUUUGGAGAUUAUAUUCCCAAGAAGCUUUUGGAAUUGUACGGCGUCGAGGCCGUCCGUGAUGAGGUUCAUGAAUUUUUGACAAAACUAGCAACAGACCAUGAAGUGGGCCUUGUGUUCUCUGAUGACAGAAACAUGACAGAUACAACUGGUGCCUCUGUGACAAUAGGAGACCAUACAUUCAAAAUCCAUAAUAAAUUGAUAUUCAGCCUGAUCGCCAGUUGCAAACCUUGGACUGAUCUAAAACAACUGGAUCUGAUUGUAUCUGUUCUCUCUGCUGUUCCAGAACUAGUUCCUUGCUACAAUUAUAACCUCGGGCAAACAAUCGGGGUUCAUGAUCCCAAACUAUCCGCUUUAUAUAUCGCAGAGUCACUACUUCUCACCAAAAUCAUCAGAUUACCGGUUGCAGAAAAGGUUUUAGAGUCCAAUUCCCCAGCAUCUCUUGUUGUCGAAUACAUCUGUCCUAACUCGUUGAGAAGAACAUCGUUUUCGAAGGCUCUUUCCACUGAUAUUGGUCUGGUGCGUCACAUCGGUUCGCAAUUACUAGUUGAUGUGUUGCAAAAGCUCCAAAAGAGUUACCCAUUCAUGAACCCGGAUGUGAGAAACGAAAUUCUGGAAAUCCUUAUUAACCAACGCUUACCAGAUUUCAGUUUGAUAAUUGGUGCUCUUAACGACUGCUACAAAUCUGAGCCUUACAAUAAGCUUUUGAUCGUCAAUCUAUUGAAAGCGUGCGAGUAUUACCAAGCGGUUCUCAAUCAGUCUGUGCCGAUGACUCUACCAAAAAUCAACCUUGGCCAGGAGAAUGAGUUCAAGGCCAUCGACCUCACGAUUCUUGAAAGCUAUUUGAGGUUCAACUCAGAUUCUCAGCAGAGUAAAUGGUUCAAUGCAGGAACUGCAAAAAACUCGCUAUUCACAACCAUUUUGAGACUGCCAUACCGAUUGAAGGAAGCUCAUAUGCGGACUAAGGUAGUCGGUGUUAUCUCAAACCUCAUCGACUCGUCAUUAUCUUUCGUUGACUGCAGGCAAGAAAACUCCAUUCUGAUCACGCAAGCCUACGCCUUGGUAUAUGCGUUGGAUCAAUUUUCUCGUUACGUGAAAAACGAGGAGGACAUAGAUGCCAUUUGCAAAACACUGGAUGAGGCCAUUUCCAGAGUUAUGAGAACGCCGUACAGAUACAUUGAUAUUACGCGAGAUUUUGGAAAACCGAUGAGCCCGUUUUAUGUUGCUGCCAUUGAACAGGCCAAGUUUGCAACCACCGACAGUGUGAAGGUUUGGGUCAACCUGUUGACAAGAUAUAUGUUCUUAAUCGGAGAACCUUUGGAUAGCAUGAAAAAGGUCUUGUUGAAGUAUUGGUCGGAUGAUCAGUUGCAAUUUGACAAUUUUGAGUCGUCCUUGAAGGAGUUUUGCUCUUUAUUUUAUGGGGAUGAAGAAGUAUCGUUCUUUGAAAUGGUGGUCAAUUAUCCAGUAUCCAAAUUGAAAAAGGCCGUUUCCAGUAAAGUUGCAAUGUCAGAUAUUGAUGCUAUUGGCCUUCUAAGAAGGCUGCAAUUACUAGCUUCCGACGAGACAAUGCGACUUGCAGACAUCGAAUCCAUUGUUGUAGAGUUAUUUUCCAAGCUUGCAAACUAUUUGGCCCAAAGGACUUCUUCACAAUACGACGCUUUUGAUCAAGUUGACCUCUUCAAAACAAAAUACUGGAGCCCCCUGUAUGUCAACGGUGUACACUCAGAAAAACAGUAUUUCGUGGCAGGUUUGCUAAACGAGAUGUUCUAUUCUCUUUUUGAGCUUGACCACUCCAUCCGUGCCAGAUUAACAGACUACGAGAAUUAUGUCCAUAAUUUCAAAUCGCCAGUUAUGGAAGAACAGCAGAUCCUUGCAAGUUCAUUAUGGGUGCUUGAUGAUUCCAAGCUACUUGGGCAUCUAUUUGACCCCACAAUCAUACAGAGCAAAGUUCUUGAGCUGGCUGCUCUUAGAGAUGUGGAAGUUGACGCUAACGAUCUCACUAAAGUGGCAGAUUUUGUGACGGAGACAAGCCUUCAUUUUUAUGUCAAACUCGUUUCGAGGACCAAUUUUGAGGAGUUCCAGAUUAUUACUCUUGCGCAGAAGGCGCAACAAAACGAGCUGGUGUACUCCGCUUUAUCGGCGAUCUUGAGAUCCAAUGCUGAUAAAGCAAGAAUUCUGUUGACAAACCGAGGACCUGCUAUCAACAGCUCAGUGCACGGCCUCAACUAUUUAAUCACACUUAACGAACAUGCAGAAUCAGAGUCGCUACGUUUGGAGUUGGAAAAUAUAGCAACAGAAAAAUUGCAAGACUUCUUGUCCACAUCCACAGCCUCCAAUGUUCCAAUAUAUGUCAAACUUCUCGCAGGCAGCGCGUCCUCCGACUUGUUUGCUCGACUGAUGGAGUUUCCGCCGUUUUACAACAACGCCGCUUACAUAUUUAGCCCAGAAUCUGCCUAUUAUGUUUCUCAGUCUGUUGACAAUGUGGACUUGCUCAAGCAAUGGUGUUCCAAAGCCAUCUUAUACUCCACAAAAAUGUUUGCCGAGAAAGAUACGCUUCCGGAAAAGUUUUUGACGUUCAUCAGCAGUCUCAAGGAACUAUUGCUAAAGAUUGACAUUUGGACUAUUGUUCCGCCAUCGAUUCUCAACUCUCAUCUGGAGGUGCUUUUCUCCGAACAGUGGAUACGUUCAGAAGACAUAUUGCAUUACGCUUCUUGGCUAUUGAUGACCACUACCUCAAAAACCAUACAGCACUCAAAACAUGUUCAACUGUUCAUCAACAAUAAAUUCAAUGUGUUAAAUGAGCUGCCGUCGAAGUCGAACUUGUCCGCCAGAUUCUAUUCGACAAUUAUUCUCUACUACUUGGUGCAGGUCGGGCCAGUUUCCAAUUUUGACGUUGCAAAACGUAUCCUACAGUUCUACUCAGGGUCUCUUCGUGCAGACGACCUGAUUCUUAAACACAUUCUAAUGGAAAUUGAGCAACAUGUGGGACAGAGCUGGCUAGGGUUUGUGGCUGAUUGGGAGUUUCUGGACGCGGACUCUUAUGAGUCGUCCACCACUAGAUUCAUCACAAGCAGUGCACAUGGUCUUAUUGUGAAUCUUUCCAAGAAAUUCAUCAACAACUCAAUUGCUCGAUUUUCUGGCUCCUGUAACGAUUUCUCCCUGCCAGCGGCGAAGAAGCCGACGUGGCAAGACUGGGAAGACUUUUUGGGCCAUAAUUCUGUCAUCCUUGAACACGCAGUCAUCAGCGACAUUUACGAGAGAACCAUAUACGAUCCCGAAUUCAUAAUGCUGUUGAUUGUUAAUAACGACGAGCUUUUCAAGACACAGCAAGAUUACGUGGCAGUGGACGUUCGAAGGCUGGUGGAAACCGACAUCUUGCAGUUCAUCGUGAUGAAUAUGAGCAACUGCAACGAGGAAGUGAGACAUAUUAGCCGCAAAAUCUUGCAAUCAUGUUACCUGACGAUCGAUACAGAACUGAAACAACUUACAGAACUGAAAGAAGACAAGGCGAAGACGAAGGGGUCUGCAGACAGAGCAAAGACAGAUGUGGGCACGCUUCAUCUGUUCUCCUUCAAGGACAGACUGACGUUCAAGGUAUAUUUGGGUAAUCUUCUAUCUACGAAGGAAGAGUGUUCUCCGGUCAUCACAAUAAUGCUCUCCCAUUUGAUUCCGGUUCUAAACAAUCCGGGCCAUUACCUCUAUGAAAAAGCUUACAGGUACAUCUUGGGCGGAUCGAAGUUCCGUCCGUUUGAUAUUCCGUUGCUCAAAGCGGUCACCCAACACUUUGUUGCAGACAAACACCUGGGCCAUUCCAGGUUUGAUGAAAACUACUACAAGCAGCUGUCGUGGGUCAUUAGUACUCUUACAAAGUCUCUGAGUCAUCAGGACGACCUCAAGGUCAUUAACAGAAGCGGAAUACUGGAGUACCUGAUGGCACUCACAGGCUCUCCUUUCUUGAGCUUCAAACAUCAGCAAGAAAUAGUUCAUCUAUUGCACAAGAUAGCCGAGCUCCCUAAUGGAGCAGACCUGCUCAUUAGAUCGUAUGGAGUGCUGAGUUUCACAGAGCUUCAGAGACUCAGACUUUCUACAGACACGGUCUCAAGCAACUUCCAGCUCCUUGAUUGGCAACGCUUUGCCGUCAAGGCGCACGUGACCGCUGAUAAACGGGCUUACGAAUGGACAAGUGAUGAUCUCAAUCGGUCAGUGAAACGAGUCUUGACCUAAGAGUCAACCUCCAUCGCAUCUUCUUGCUUUGCUUCCUUCACCUUCCGGGCCGCCUGCACCGCCUUCGUCAAGAACGAUUCCUUAUCGUUGCCGGUAUUUUCCAGUCGACCACCUUUCAAAAUAACAUGGCCGUGAACUUUGGUGAUGAAGUCGCCGUUUUCGUUGAACACAAGUUCCGAUCCCACAAGCUUGGACCAUUCGCCCUGAUACAAGUUGCUGUUGAGUUGCACUAGCGGCCUGUCCUCUGCCAAUCCGCUUAGUCUGAUGUGGGCAUUUUCUGAAGACGGCUCCUCAAGCGACUCGUCCACCUCCUGCUUUAUAGAAUUCGCAUUCAAAGAACCUUUUUCGAGACUGAUGUACUGGUUAGGCGGGAACUUGAGCGCAAUGUAAACGUCCUCAAAUUCGUCCUCGUCUUCAUGUGCAAGGCCUCGCAUUGGCUACUUGGGCAGCUUUCUUUCGUGCCUCAAUAUCCUCCUUGCUUCCAGCCUCAUACUGUGCAGUAGCAAAGUGCCAGUUCAUCUCCGGACCCCCGCUUAGAAACUCUGUAUUACCGUUCAUCGUCAUAACCCAGCCAUUAGUGUUUUUCUCGUAGCGGUCUAGCGAGCAUGUGCUGGCCUGUAUCCUGGUACUCACGCCAUCACCCCCAUGUUCAACUCUCAAAAACUCCCUUGUACUUUGGUAUCCCAUGAGCGACAUUCCAAGAGCGAUCUUCAAAGCAGCAUGGGUGACAAGGAUCACAGAGGUGACUUGCGGAUACAUCGACUCGACCUUCGGUAUGAACUUCUCCCAAAACAGCCUGCAUCUCUCCAAAAGCUCGUCCUCUUCCUCUCCCUCCAACGAAGGAACAACUGUUUCUGGAAGCCACUCGUCCGACAGAGCUGCAAAAUAUUGCGAAAGCACGUCGAUUGUCGCAGGCUCUGGAAUGUGGGACCUGCUGCGUCUGUACCAUUCCCCAAGCCCGCGGUCUAGGUAUAUUUUCAGUCCCAGCUUUUUCGCCGUCGGCUCGAUUGUCUCAAUACAUCUGUAAAAAGGACUCGAGAAUAUUAAUUCUGGUUUAGGCUCCAGUUUGUCGCAUAUAUAGUCGGCCAGUUCGUGGGCCUGUUCCACGCCAUGGGGAGCGAGCAAAGGGUCGCUCUCGUUGUCUCCUAGCGGACUGUCGCGCUGCUGAUCUUCUGGAAGCCAGUUUUCACGGUACCCGUGUCUAACAAUGUAUAUAGUCUUGAGUACC